AAAUUUCUCGCGAAUUCGCUAGCUUUUUCUAAAAAACUUUCUCUGCUUUUAAAUCGAUGACAGCAGUAAGCAUGACUAGGGUGAAGCUAGGUGAUGUUUACUUAUUAUCUCUGAAUGCAUUGGAUUCCGUCAACAUUGCUGCAUAUCAUAUGGUCAUAAGAAUGUCGUUUUAUCAGUUGAACGGGUGCUAGUAUUAGUAGUCCAAUAGUUCCUACUUUUCCCAGAAUCUUCAAAUUCUGUAGAUAAAAAUGCACAUGUGGUUUUGGUUCGGCACUCAACUCAGCCCCUUUCUCCUCCCUGGAUACAAUGUCACGACGACCUGGGGUGUCGUAGCCACUUGCCUAGGCCUCAUAGCCCUGGCCAUCACCUACGAGGCCAUGAAAACGUUUCAAAUAAAAAUGCAUCAGAUGAACAAAGCAGCUCUUGCUGCAAGUGGAUCCAGUGCUAGCGAAAACUCAUCUCUUUUGUACCAUUUAGUGCCUGUAGGUCUCACUGGUAAUAGGGGAUAUCGUUGUCAGGCACUAUGUCGAUGGUUGAUGGAAGUAUUUCACUAUACAGUUCACGUUACACUUGGAUACAUAAUGAUGCUCGCAGCUAUGACUUUUAAUGGAUAUAUUUUUCUGGCACUGGUAGCGGGUGCUGCUGUCGGUUAUCACAUUUUCGGACCCACGUUGUUAGCCCUGAAUAUCAGUGAAGUUCGUCGAAGGUACGAAGACGUGCCAUGUGAAUCAGAAUGCACUGGGGGAAAUCUAGAGACAUCUGAGGGUGGAAGCCAACAGUCCACAAUCCCCGCCAUUGAGGAGCCAGGGAUAUCUGAAGUCAAUGCAGAUGUUCAUAUUCAAUACUAAUUCAAUACUAGGGAAUGUUGAAGACCGUUUCCUGCUCAAUUUUAACGAAUUCGGACUGAUAAAAUUAAGUGCUGAUACAGUAUGAUUAUCGCAGAGAUUUUUAACAGAAUGUUUUAUAUUGACGAUUGUUACCUGGAAAAAUAUAGGUAUUGUUUUUA